CGGCGGGCCCGCGCCCCUGGCUCCUGGGCCAUGGCGCUGAGAGAGCUCAAAGUGUGUCUGCUGGGGGAUACAGGUGUAGGUAAAUCGAGUAUUGUGUGGCGAUUUGUGGAAGACAGUUUUGAUCCGAACAUCAACCCAACUAUAGGGGCAUCUUUUAUGACCAAGACUGUCCAGUACCAAAAUGAGCUACAUAAAUUCCUAAUCUGGGAUACGGCUGGACAAGAACGAUUUCGUGCCUUAGCGCCGAUGUAUUACCGAGGGUCAGCGGCAGCUAUAAUCGUCUAUGACAUCACAAAAGAAGAAACAUUUUCCACCUUAAAGAACUGGGUAAAGGAGCUCCGGCAGCACGGCCCGCCUAAUAUUGUGGUCGCCAUUGCCGGAAAUAAGUGCGAUCUGAUCGACGUCAGAGAAGUCAUGGAGAGAGACGCUAAGGACUACGCCGACUCCAUCCACGCAGUGUUUGUAGAGACCAGCGCAAAAAACGCCAUAAACAUAAAUGAACUCUUUAUAGAAAUUAGUCGAAGAAUUCCAUCCACUGACGCCAGCCCACCGCCUGGCAGUAAGGGCUUCAAACUCCGAAGACAGGCUUCAGAGCCGAAGCGAAGCUGCUGUUGACCGAGCCUCAGCCACUCAGACUUGGUGAUGAAGUAGGUGGUCCUUAGCAGGAGGGUUGGGGUCCCUGCCACAGGUUUUCACCUGGCCGGUCUUGGGUCUUCUUCGUGCAAAAAGGAUUCACAGAAAUGGACCAGUUGUGUUCUCUCGACAACUGCAGCAAUGAAAUUUCAGUCUCUGGACUCUGUUAUGUGAAGAACCUCUGGUGUGCAAAGGACUACAUCACUGGUUUUUGACUUUGCUGAAAAGGAACAUAUCAUUGUAUGGAUGAUAGGAUUAAAUUGUUGAGUAGUUUUGUAAUCAAGAUUUUAUGUACCAUUUGUAAAGGGAAAAUUAGCACUUUCAUGGUUCUUGAGGGGGAGAAAAAGACCUUGUGGAGAUGGUGAUUUCCUCGGUUUCCCAUUGCCACUGUUUUAGGGAGCUGCACUAUUUAAAAUGUGGUCGGCUAUCAAAAGUGGCGGGAUGGCGAUUACUAUUUGAAGCUAAAACGAGUCAUGUAUAGGAUUGAUGGAAAAGAUUUCACCCCCCUGCCAUCUCUAACGCACUUUUCAUUGAAAAUACUGGCCAACAAUGCAG